GUUGUGGUCUAUAGAGCGGUCUGAAGUGUGCAUGAAGCAGACUUCCCUCGUCCACUUGACGAAGUGGAACGCAGUUCAAACUGGCGACGGGGAUUCCCCCGAGGGUAAGCGCUUAGGGAAGUUCGCGAGUGCGUGUCUAAAAGUGAAUUGGAACGCAGCCGAAGUGUUCCUUUUGGCAAAGGGCCUCUAUGUGUCGUAGGUCCACGCCUUCUGCAGGGUAUGCGGAAGUGUAAACCGGCGUGUGUGCAGGAAGGCAAAUGGCGGACGCGGUGUCUAUUUUCAUGUCAAUUGGCCUUAGUGAGCAGAAAGCUAAGGAAACAUUGAAAAAUGAGGCACUCACAUCAACACUCAAGAAGGCCAUCGAACAGGCUCAAGGAUUGCUGGGGUCCGCUAGCGUUGAUAAGACUGCAGGCACUCUGCUGUAUAAUAUGGUGACACGACUCAAAGACACGAAUCGACUGUCUUUCCUCACAGAAUACAUCAUUACACAAAAAAUAACUUCAGAACUGCAGUUGUCAGCAGCGUUGGACUUUUUAAAAAGCCACCCUCAGGAGAAUCUGGAUCGACUUGAGUUUGAGACUGCCUGUGGGGUGGGAGUGGUGGUCACUCCAGAGCAGAUAGAGGAUGCGGUAGAACUGAUUAUCAGGAAGUACAAAGAUCAGCUGUUGGCAGAGAGAUAUCGCUUUAACAUGGGGAUACUCAUGGGUGAGGCCAGAACUGCUCUCAAAUGGGCUGAUGGGAAGAUUGUCAAGAAUGAAGUGGAUAUGCAGGUGCUGCACCUUCUGGGUCCAAAAACUGAGGCAGACCUGGAGAAAAAGCCCAAGGCUGCCAAACCCAAAGCUGCAGAGAAAGAUGUGAAGAUUGAGCAGGUUUCUGUAGAAAAUGGUGAAGCGAACACAGAGGGGAAAUCACUGAUGGAGCAGCUUAGAGGAGAGGCGCUCAAGUUCCAUAAGCCAGGGGAGAAUUACAAGACAGAGGGUUAUGUUGUAACGCCCAACACCAUGAAUUUGCUGAAGAAGCACUUGGAAGAGACUGGAGGACAGGUCCGCACCCGUUUUCCCCCUGAGCCUAAUGGGAUUCUGCAUAUCGGUCAUGCCAAAGCAAUUAAUUUUAAUUUUGGUUUUGCCAAGGCCAAUAAUGGCAUCUGUUUCCUGCGGUAUGAUGACACAAACCCUGAGAAAGAGGAGGAGAAGUACUUUACUGCCAUCAGAGAAAUGGUGGAGUGGCUUGGGUACAAACCAUAUGCUGUCACACACGCCUCUGAUAACUUCCAGCUGCUCUAUGAUCUUGCUGUUGAUCUCAUUCGCAGGGGUCAUGCAUACGUAUGCCACCAGCGUGGAGAGGAACUCAAGGGUCACAACGUCCCUCCCUCCCCCUGGAGAGAGCGACCUGUGGAAGAAUCUUUGAUUUUGUUUGACAGGAUGAGAAAGGGCAUGUUUGCAGAGGGAGAAGUCACUCUCAGAAUGAAGAUGGUGAUGGAAGAUGGAAAAAUGGACCCUGUGGCAUAUCGGAUCAAAUACACGCCACAUCACAGGACAGGAGACACUUGGUGUAUAUACCCCACGUAUGAUUACACGCACUGUCUGUGUGACUCCAUUGAGAACAUCACACACUCACUGUGCACCAAAGAGUUUCAGUCCAGACGAUCAUCAUAUUUCUGGUUGUGUAAUGCUCUGGAUGUGUACUGCCCAGUGCAGUGGGAAUAUGGCCGACUCAACCUCACUUACACUGUUGUUUCCAAGAGAAAGAUCAUCAAACUGGUGGAAACAGGAAUUGUUAGAGAUUGGGAUGAUCCACGACUUUUUACCCUCACAGCUCUCAGGAGACGUGGGUUCCCUCCACAAGCUAUUAACAAUUUCUGUGCCCGGGUGGGUGUGACUGUUGCCCAGACCACCAUGGAGCCACACCUGUUGGAGGCGUGUGUUAGGGAGGUGCUUAAUGACACCGCUCCUCGUGCCAUGGCCGUACUCGAGCCUCUCAAAGUCACCAUCACCAACCUACCAACCAAUGCACAGAAGGAGGUUCGAGUCCCAGACUUCCCAGCCAAUGAAGCCAAGGGUAGUCAUGUGGUUCCCUUCUCAAAGACCAUCUUUAUUGAGAAGAGUGACUUCAGAGAGGUGAUGGAGAAGGGCUAUAAGCGCCUGACUCCAGAUCAGCCAGUAGGCUUGAGACAUGCGGGAUACGUCAUCUCUGUACAGCGUGUCAUCAAGGAUGGCUGUGGUAAUGUGUGUGAGCUAGAGGUGACGUGUGCCAGCUCAGACUCCGUAGAAAAACCCAAAGCGUUCAUUCAGUGGGUGAGCAAUCCACUGCAGUGUGAAGUGCGCCUGUAUGAAAGACUGUUUCUCCAUAAAAACCCAGAGGACCCAGCUGAAGUUCCUGCUGGAUUCCUGACUGACAUUAACCCUUAUUCCCUAACAGUGAUUGAAAGUGCCUUAGUAGACCGUUCUGUGGGCAAGUCCAAAGUGUUCGAUAAGUUUCAGUUUGAGAGAGUGGGAUAUUUUUCUGUUGACCCUGAUAGCACAUCUGAAAAGUUGGUGUUCAACAGAACCGUUACACUCAAGGAGGACCCAGGAAAGAUAUGACCAGACUGCAAGACAGACGCUGUACUUUCAGCUGCACAGCCAUCAUGAAUCACAAUGCAACUUUCAAUAAAAUCAAAUAAAGCAGGGAAUUUAACGUAUUAUA